UUAAUAGUAUCUCCUAUAAAUCUCGCCCACUCAACUCAUUUUCUCCCAUCUAUCUCUCCCCACUCAUAUCUCAUCUCUCUGUAAAUUCAUCACUCUCCACUCUUCACACACUAUGAACCCACUCAUCCCACUCCUCUUCUUCAUUUUCACUCUUGCAGCAGAUGGACAAGGCUCAGUGGGAGUGAACUACGGGAGAAUAGCCAACAACUUACCAUCCGCAUUCAAAGUAGUCAAGCUUCUCAAAUCACAAGGCAUCACACGUGUCAAAGUCUACGACACCGAUCCCGCCGUUCUCAAAUCUUUGUCGCGUUCCGACAUCAAAGUCACCGUUGAUCUCCCCAAUGAACUCCUCUUCGCCACCGCCAGACACUCCUCAUUCGCCAACUCGUGGGUCCAACGAAACAUCGUCGCGUAUUACCCGACAACUCAAAUCGAAGCCAUUGCGGUCGGAAACGAAGUCUUUGUGGACCCCAAAAACACCACCAAAUAUUUGUUACCCGCUAUGAAAAAUAUUCACUCCGCUCUCGUCAAAUAUAAUCUCGAUAAAUUAAUAAAAAUCUCGUCUCCAAUCGCAUUAUCCGCUCUCCAAAAUUCGUACCCGUCUUCAGCCGGGUCUUUCAAACCCGAACUCCUACCCGUUAUCCAACCCAUGCUAGACUUCCUCCGUGAAAUUAAAUCCCCGCUCAUGCUCAACGCAUACCCCUUCUUCGCUUACGAAUCGAAUGCUGACGUCAUCUCGUUAGAUUACGCAUUGUUUCGGCAAAAUAACGGAGUCAUUGACGCGGGCAAUAAUCUCCGUUAUUUUAGCCUAUUCGACGCCCAAAUUGACGCCGUGUUCGCGGCAAUGUCGGCGUUGAAAUACGACGAUGUUAGCAUCGUCGUAACGGAAACGGGCUGGCCGUCGAAAGGUGACAAGAAUGAAAUAGGCGCGAGCGUCGAAAAUGCCGCAGCUUAUAACGGUAACCUUAUUAAGCGAGUCUUAGCUGGCGGUGGGACCCCUUUAAGACCGAACACAAACUUAACAGUUUACCUCUUCGCUCUUUUCAACGAGAACAAGAAGUUCGGGCCCACAUCCGAGAGGAAUUAUGGACUGUUUUACCCCGACGAGAAAAAAGUGUACGAUAUUUCGUUUAACGUCGACGGGUUAAAGACUGACCGGGUCGACCGGUUACCGGUUGCUGACAUGUCAGUCAGUGCAGCCGGGGAAACGUGGUGUGUGGUGAAUGUAGAAGCGGGGAAAGAUAAGGUGCAGCGCGGGCUAGAUUAUGCUUGUGGUGAGGGUGCGGCUGAUUGCCAUCCGAUUCAGCCGGGGUCCACGUGUUACGAUCCUAACACACUUGAGGCGCAUGCUUCGUUUGCUUUUAACAGCUUUUAUCAGAAGAAAGGAAGGGUAGCUGGCUCCUGUGAUUUCGAGGGAGCUGCUUACGUUGUUACUCAGCCACCUAAGUUUGGAAAGUGCGAGUUUCCUACCAGAUACUGAAGGAGAUGAAAGAAAAGAGAAGAAUGAAAGCAGUUGGUCCUUUUCUGGUUGUCAAAUAUUAUUUAUUAAAUUAUCUAUGUAUCUACAAUUGUAGCGUCGUUUAUUUGAAUCGAUGAUUUUGUAAAUGUUAGGCUAGCUAUUAUAUUAAACAUUUUUUUUAUGUUGUUCA